AUGCUGGGCAGGAAGCAGAGUCUCAAGGGUGAGCCCAUCCUCGCGGACUACGGACCCGAGGAGUCGCUAAAUGAGAGUGCAGACAUCGAGUGGGUGAACAAAUUAUGGGUGAGACGUUUGAUGCGUCUCUGUGCCCUAGUUUCACUCACUUCCGUCUCCCUGAACACACCCAAAACCUUCGAGCGCCAUCCGCCGCUGCAGUACCUCACCUUCGUCUGCGACACCAUCGUGACGCUGCUCUUCAGCUCCGAGAUGAUCGCCAAGAUGCACAUCCGUGGCGUGUACAAGGGCGACGUGCCCUACUUCAAGGAUCACUGGUGCCAAUUCGACGCCACGAUGGUCAUCUUCCUCUGGAUGUCCAUCAGUCUGCAGGUCUUUGAGAUCCUAGGCAUCGUUCCCGGCUUCUCCUAUCUCUCAAUUAUGCGCGCACCGCGGCCUCUCAUCAUGAUUCGCUUCCUGCGAGUCUUUCUCAAGUUCUCCAUGCCGAAGAGUCGCAUCAAUCAGAUUUUCAAACGUUCGAGCCAGCAAAUCUACAAUGUCACGCUCUUCUUCCUGUUCUUCAUGUCGCUCUACGGAUUGCUGGGAGUGCAAUUCUUCGGCGAACUAAAGAAUCACUGCGUGCUGAACACCACGGAAAUGGACACUCUCACCAUCAACUCCUUAGCCAUUCCGGACACUUUCUGCUCCACAGACGAGGAUUCCGGCUACCAAUGUCCGGAUGGGAUGAAAUGCAUGAAGAUGGACUUCCUCUCGAGUUACGUUCAGGGAUUCAAUGGUUUCGAAGACAUCGCGACCAGCAUUUUCACCGUCUACCAAGCGGCAUCGCAAGAGGGAUGGGUUUUCAUCAUGUACCGCGCAAUUGACUCCCUUCCGGGCUGGCGAGCGGCCUUCUACUUCAGCACGAUGAUCUUCUUCCUGGCCUGGCUCGUGAAGAACGUCUUCAUCGCCGUGAUCACGGAGACUUUCAAUGAGAUUCGCGUGCAAUUCCAGCAAAUGUGGGGCGUUCGCGGACAGAUUCAGAACAGCACGGCCUCACAAAUCCUCUCUGGCGACGACACAGGAUGGAAACUCGUGACUAUCGAUGAUAACAAGCACGGCGGAUUGGCGCCUGAGACUUGCCACGCCGUCCUGAAAUCACCAUACUUCCGAUUGCUCGUCAUGUCCGUGAUUCUGGCCAAUGGAAUAGUCACAGCCACGAUGCAUUUCAGACAUGACGGAAGACCGCGUCAAGUAUUCUACGAGAGCUAUUACUACAUCGAAGUCGCCUUCACGUUCUUCCUGGACAUGGAGACGCUCUUCAAGAUCUACUGCCUGGGUUGGAGAGGAUACUUCAAGCAUUCCAUCCACAAGUUUGAGCUGCUCCUCGCAAUCGGGACGACACUUCACAUCAUUCCCGGACUCUACAUGUCCGGCUUCACGUACUUCCAAGUACUUCGCGUGGUUCGCUUGAUCAAGGCCUCGCCAAUGCUCGAGGGCUUCGUGUAUAAAAUCUUCGGCCCAGGCAAGAAGCUCGGCUCUCUGAUCAUCUUCACAAUGUGCUUGCUUAUUAUCAGCUCCAGCAUUUCCAUGCAACUCUUCUGCUUCCUCUGUGACUUCACCAAGUUCGAGAGCUUCCCAGAAGCCUUCAUGUCCAUGUUCCAAAUCCUCACGCAGGAAGCUUGGGUGGAAGUUAUGGACGAGACCAUGAUCAGGACAAGCAAAACUCUCACGCCUCUCGUCGCCAUGUAUUUCAUCCUCUACCAUCUCUUCGUCACGCUGAUCGUGCUGUCGCUCUUCGUCGCCGUUAUUCUGGACAACUUGGAAUUGGACGAGGACAUCAAGAAGCUGAAGCAGCUGAAGUUCAGAGAGCAAAGUGCCGAGAUCAAAGAAACUCUCCCAUUCAGACUCAGAGUCUUUGAGAAGUUCCCAGACUCACCACAAAUGACAAUUCUGCACAAGAUUCCCAAUGAUUUCACGCUGCCCAAAGUGCGAGAAUCCUUCAUGAAGCACUUCGUCACUGAACUGGAAACUGACGAUCCUUCGCUGGUGGAGGGAAUCAUCAAGCAGCCAACGUCUGAAUAUUGGGAGUCAAACAUUCUUUUCAAGAAGCGCAAGCCCGUAAGGAUCAUGAACAAAACGCCCAAGGUGAGAUCAGUGGGAAGCAGCUUGAGGAAGCUGGCAAUCACGCACAUAAUCAAUGAUUCAAAUAACCAGCGACUGAUGCUAGGCGACUCAGCAAUCUUGCCUGUCGUGGGAGCCAAAUCCGCCCUCAAGCCCCAAGGCACAGUCACGCACCCAAAGCAGUGGCGCAUGGACCAGAAAAAGUUCGGCAGUCGCUCGAUUCGGCGCAGCGUCCGCAGCGGAUCGAUCAAGCUGAAGCAAACGUAUGAGCACUUGAUGGAAAACGGCGACAUCGGAGCAGCCUCGAGAGUAUCCUCAUCUCGCGCUCGUCCUCAUGAUCUGGACAUUAAACUCCUGCAGGCCAAGCGACAGCAGGCAGAAAUGAGACGGAAUCAGCGUGAGGAGGAUCUCAGGGAGAAUCAUCCCUUCUUCGACACGCCACUCUUUAUCGUACCGCGCGAGAGUCGCUUCCGAAAGGUGUGCCAAAAGCUCGUCCACGGACGCUAUGACGCCAGACUCAAGGAUCCACUCACGGGAAAAGAGCGCAAGGUGCAGUACAAGAGCCUCCACAACUUCCUCGGCUUGGUCACUUAUUUGGAUUGGGUAAUGAUCUUCGUCACUACGCUCUCAUGCAUCUCAAUGAUGUUCGAGACGCCCGGUUAUCGGGUCAUGGAACAUCCAGCACUGCAAGUGGCUGAGUAUGUCUUCGUGAUCUUCAUGAGUUUGGAGUUGGCGCUCAAGAUCCUCGCCGACGGACUGUUCUUCACGCCCAAAGCCUACAUAAAAGACGUCGCCUCGGCUCUGGACGUCUUCAUCUACGUCGUGUCCACAACAUUCCUCUGCUGGAUGCCCAAGCAAGUGCCAAGCAACUCUGCAGCCCAGCUUCUGAUGAUCCUCAGAUGCGUUCGACCGCUGAGAAUAUUCACACUCGUGCCACACAUGCGCAAGGUGGUUUAUGAGCUGUGCCGAGGCUUCAAGGAGAUCCUCUUGGUAUCCACGCUCCUGAUCUUGCUGAUGUUCGUCUUCGCCAGCUACGGUGUCCAACUCUACGGCGGUCGCUUGGCGCGUUGCAAUGAUCCGACAAUUUUAAAGCGCGAAGACUGCGUUGGAGUGUUCAUGAGGCGAGUCUUCGUCACCAAAAUGAAACUCACGCUGGGCGUCAAUGAAUCCUAUCCCUCAAUGCUCGUUCCGCGCGUCUGGGCGAAUCCCCGACGCUUCAAUUUCGACAACAUCGGAGACGCCAUGCUGGCACUCUUCGAGGUACUCUCCUUCAAGGGCUGGCUGGACGUUCGUGAUGUUCUCAUCAAGGCCGUGGGGCCCGUGCAUGCGAUCUACAUUCACAUCUACAUCUUCUUGGGAUGCAUGAUCGGCCUGACACUCUUCGUGGGCGUCGUCAUUGCCAACUACUCGGAGAACAAGGGCACCGCUCUGCUCACGGUGGACCAGAGGAGAUGGUGUGACCUGAAGAAGCGUCUAAAGAUCGCUCAGCCGCUGCACUUGCCGCCGCGCCCCGACGGCCGCAAAUUCAGAGCCUUCGUGUACGACAUCACACAACACAUCAUCUUCAAGCGAUGCAUUGCCGUCGUCGUGCUCAUCAACAGCAUGCUUCUGUCGAUCACGUGGAUCAAAAACGAGAUUCACACUGAGCGACUCGUCAUCGUGAGCACGCUCCUCAAUUUCGUCUUCGUCAUCGAAGUGGUGAUGAAGAACAUCGCCUUCACACCGCGCGGCUACUGGCAAUCGCGCCGCAAUCGAUACGAUUUGCUGGUCACGGUGGCUGGCGUGGUUUGGAUCUUCCUGCAGAUUACGCUUCGUAGUCACUUGUCCUACUUCAUCGGCUUCAUGGUGGUGAUCUUGCGCUUCUUCACCAUCACCGGCAAGCACACCACGCUGAAGAUGCUCAUGCUGACUGUCGGCGUGUCCGUUUGCAAGUCCUUCUUUAUCAUCUUCGGGAUGUUUCUGCUGGUCUUCUUCUACGCUCUGGCCGGAACGAUCCUGUUCGGGACGGUAAAGUACGGCGAGGGCAUUGGCCGCAGAGCGAACUUCGGCUCUCCCGUCACGGGCGUGGCCAUGCUGUUCCGCAUCGUGACAGGCGAGGAUUGGAACAAGAUCAUGCACGACUGCAUGGUUCAGCCGCCGUACUGCACGCCGGCGGGCAACUACUGGGAAACGGAUUGCGGCAAUUUCACGGCCAGUCUCAUCUACUUCUGCACGUUCUACGUCAUCAUCACGUACAUUGUCCUGAACCUCCUCGUGGCUAUUAUCAUGGAGAACUUUUCCCUAUUCUACUCGAACGAGGAGGACGCGUUGCUCUCCUACGCGGACAUCCGCAACUUCCAGAACACCUGGAACGUCGUGGAUAUACACCAGCGUGGAGUGAUUCCCGUGAGGCGGGUGAAGUUCAUCCUGAGACUCCUCAAGGGGCGACUGGAGUGCGAUCCGCAGAAAGAUCGCCUGCUUUUCAAGUACAUGUGCUAUGAACUAGAUAAAUUGCACAACGGCGAGGAUGUCACGUUCCACGACGUGAUUAAUAUGCUGUCCUACAGAUCGGUGGACAUCCGAAAGGCCCUGCAGCUCGAGGAGUUGCUCGCGAGGGAGGAAUUUGAGUACAUUAUCGAGGAAGAAGUGGCCAAACAGACCAUCAGAACCUGGUUGGAAGGAUGCCUCAAGAAGAUCCGCGUGCAGAACAUUGCCAAGCAGCAGAACUCUCUGCUCGCCGGCCUCAGAGCCACCAAUGAAGCCCCCAAGCCUGACUCCACCGAAGACAAAGCCACCAAAGAGCCCAUCGAUGCCGAACAGGACGCCAAGGAUGCGGAAACCCUGCGCUUGCGCAAGAAAUCCCAAAAUGUGCUGAACAGGUCGGAUUCAACGGGCAGUGCGAGUGGGAGAAAGUUCUUGGCACCUACCUUAUCUGAUCCGCAGGCCAGGAACGAGAAGGAGCGCUUCUCCAACAGCAAGAAGAAGACGCCGCGUCCGCAGGCGACCACGAAGAACAAUCUGCCCUUCCUCAAUGAGUUUUCCCACACUCAGGUGCAGUCUGGCGGUCCCACAAAUCAGGUGAAUCUGGUGUGCGAGGUGCAGGGAUGGUUCCAGGAGCAAGUCUCCUGCGCGGCAAGCAGCGAUGAAGAUGAGUAGAGAGAGAAAUUGGCUAUUUCGUGUGCAAUUUAGCGAAUGUUAACACUCACCUGUAUUGAAUGUUAGAGAAUAAUAAAUAUAUUGGUGUUUGG